GAUAAAAAUGGAUUGGCAUACAGGUAAAUUGCAAAAAGCGAAAAGAGGCCAUAGUUGCAGCGCAACAAAAGGUGUGUCCUUACAGUGCUUUCAUUCCAUAGUGCCAUUUAUUAUUGCUCUUCUAAGCACGAUUGGACAGUGCCAAUCUUUUUUCGAAUCGUGCGAUUCAACAACUAACAUUGCUGCAGGUCAGACAUUAAAUGUCCAAUCACCGGGAAGGUAUGCCGCGGGAUCAUCAUGCAGAUACACAAUUGUUGCGCCGAACGAGUACCAAGUCAGGGCGACGUGUAAUCUCAACAUGCAGGACGCUUCAAAUGGGGGAUGUUCCAGCGAGAGAUUUUAUUUUGCAAGAGAUGGCCGGAAAGAUCUGAGCACAUCGACGUACUAUUGUGGCUCACGCACCGUCAGUUUUACAUCAAAUGGAAAUCAAAUGGUCCUAGCGUAUGUUAGUAAAGCGUACAGUGGUCAUUUCAGCUGUGCAAUAACUACCGUAUGUGACUGUGGAUGGUCGAUCAGUAGUCGCAUUGUCGGUGGUACUCAGGCAGAUGUAAACGAAUUUACUUCCAUGGCUGGACUCAUCUCAGGCACAACUCGUUUUAUAUAUUGUGGUGGCACGAUUGUAUCUCCCAAAUAUGUUCUAACUGCUACCCAUUGUCUGCGAUAUACUACAGCUGCCAACACUGCGAUUGUAGUUGGCGAACAUAACGUUAAGACAGCCACCGACACACCAUACACGGCCGUUUAUGCGGUGAGACGAUUCGUGGAGCAUCCUUCUUACUCGACCGAAACCGAUGUAAAUGACAUCGGCCUGGUAGAAACCGGUAAAGAAAUAUUGUAUUCGAGGGCUGUCAGUCCUGCUUGUCUGCCGUUUUACUAUACCUCAUCAACCUUUAACGGAACUACUGUAACUGCGUCGGGAUGGGGCUCAACGGAAUACGGCGGCCCAAUAAGUGAUGUACUGCUGAAGGUGGAUCUAAAAGUUCUGAGCAACGCACAAUGUCGCGCGAAAUACCCAGAUGUCACGUCUUCACAGAUGUGUACUUAUGCAAACGAGAAGGACACCUGCCAGGUAGACUUUCUUAUUUAUACUCUGCGACCUCACACAAAUUCUGAUUUCCACCUCCCAAAUUUCUCCUUAAUUUCGGCAUCAAAGCUACCGAUUUUCACUACAAAAUCUUCGCAAUUCCUCAAUAAGGUGGUACAAUUUUCUGUGGAUGGUCUACACUUUCUAUUAGACUGUAAACGUACUUCAUACACUCCAACCAACUCUUCUUGUAGAGUGCGUGGUUGGGGUAGGUAAUGAAGGAGGUUUGUAGUAGCCAAUGGUCAGUCUAUUUUCUAAUCAAUUUCCUCCUUCCAAAACAUUAGUACGAUAGUGGUGGUCCACUCUGGUACCGUGCGACUGAUGCCCGGUUGUUUGUAAUCGGACUGGUUGUUCGCGGAUUAGGCUGUGGCGG